GACCACAACAUGGCUGCGGCGCCGGGGCUGCUCUUCUGGCUGCUCGUGCUCGGGCCGCCCUGGCGGGGGUCGGGCCAGCCAGACCCGAGCACCGGCCGGCGCUUCUCGGAGCACAAACUCUGCGCGGACGACGAAUGCAGCAUGUUAAUGUACCGGGGUGAGGCCCUCGACGAUUUCACAGGCCCAGACUGCCGUUUUGUGAAUUUUAAAAAAGGUGACCCUGUGUAUGUGUACUAUAAGCUGGCGGGGGGAUCACCCGAAGUUUGGGCUGGAACUGUUGGGCGUAUUUUUGGAUAUUUUCCAAAGGAUUUGAUCAAGGUAGUCCAUGAAUACACCAAAGAAGAGCUCCGAAUUCCAGCAGAUGACACAGAUUUUGUUUGUUUUGAUGGGGGAAGAGAUGAUUUUGAUAAUUAUAAUAUAGAGGAACUUUUAGGAUUUUUAGACUUGUAUGAUUCUGCAGCUGGAGAUUCUGAGAACACUAUGGAAAAAACGUCCCAGCUCCUGCAAAAAGUUCCCGAAGUAUCUAAGGAAAGGGAACCCAUAGAAGCCAACGCAGAGGCAAAUGAAAGUGUGUCCUCAGAAAGCACGAAGGAUCUCGAGGACCCGUUUCUGGCUCAGAAGAACCCCCUCCCUGCAGCCGCUCAGGCGCGUGCUGCUCAGGGGGAGCCAUCUUCGUUUGAACCCUUUGAGGAAAUGCUGCAAGAUCAAAGUGAGAACAACAAAACCAGCAAUAGUUCUCAGGGCUCCAGCGGACAGGAGACAAUGGAUGCAUACAAACUCUUGAAGAAAGAAAUGACUCUGGACUUGAAAACCAAAUUUGGCUCCACUGCUGAUGCCCUGGUUUCUGACGACGAGACGACCCGGCUUGUUACCUCAUUAGAAGAUGGUUUCGAUGACGAGCUGGAUGACGACUACUACACAGUGGAGAAGGAAGAGGAGGACGAUAGCGACAAUUUUGAUGCACUCCCAUUGCUAACCUUCACGAGCGGAGAAGAUGAGAAAGAUCCAGGGAAGCCCGGAGUUGAGAAAUAUUCAACAGGUAAAGAACAGUAUUCAAACACAGAGCACAAGGGUGAGGCAACUCUGCCCCCUGGCAUCAGAACUGAUGAUAAGAAUAUACUCACGGACUGGGGGGAUACCCUCUUCUCUAUCGUCACAGGAGGUGAGGAAAAGCCAGGUCCAGCGGAUUUAGAGGGUUCUAAUUCAGAGGAAGAAAAGGAAGAUGAUGAUGGUACCCUAGGCCCAGAGAGCAAACAGGUGAAACCACGAUCAGCAACAGAGUCUGUUGACCCUGUAAAUGCAGAAGACAGCCCUUUGAGUACAGAAGUGCCUAAAACAAAUAAUGAAAAGAACCCAGAAACGCACACUGAGCUUCACAUUAAAGACAAGGGGAAGAAAGUUCAGGAAUCCACAUUGGCCCUGGAGCAAACUGAGGCAGAAUCAGAGCGUGAGAAGCAGGAGAAACAGGAAGGGGUGGCUGUGGGUAGCCCUGCCCAGAGCAGCAAGCACAGCGCUUUGCCAGCCGCUGAGAAGGGUAAAGACAUACUAAAAUCAGCUUUCGGUAACGAAGAGAAUGACCUAAAAGAAGUAGCCAUUCUCAUUUCAAAAGAUACACCCCACCAAGAAAGACCUGGGGAGAGUUUGGCAGGUGGCUCAGACAAGGAAUCUGCACCCAAAGCUCUGGGGAGCCAAAUGGACGAAGAAACAAACAAACAGGAAUCCUUAGCCGUAGCACCACUCUUGGGUGAUCCUCAGCGUAAUACGUCCACGGAGAGUAUGGAGGAAGGAGAGGUUUUGGUAAAUAAAUCCAGACUACACUCGCCAUCAGCGGAGCAUCAGCAGGAGGAAUCUAAAGAGGAAGCAGUGGUGAAGACUCAGGAUCAACCCAGCUUCUCCUCUCCAGAUGGAAUGGCUUUGCCAGGGGAACUGGGAAAAGAGGUUCCCCCUCUGGGAAGAAAUUUUUCCUGGCAACAAGACAGAGAUGUGGCUGCCGCAGUUAUCAAGCAGGCGAAUGAGAAGACGAGGCUCUCUGGGGAUGAGGGCAAAGAGGACCCUGUAGAAACAGAGGUGGCUCAUCACAAGGCAAUGCAGGGCCCCCAGGGGGUGGGAAAAACAGACCCCACUGAUAGUGCAGAAGUACCAGCUUUCCCGACUGAAAAGCCAGACACCGAGGAAGAUGACUACUGGUUCGAAGAACUCCUGGAAGAUGAAAACGCUCUGAGUGCAGAGCAGUCUAAAGAAAAAGGCUCUAGGGUUCCAGACGGGAGGUUAGAUGUCAAUCUGCAGGUGCUUGGAGGAGCAGUUUUAGGGACUGUUCAGCCUGAUCCCCAAACUAAAGCAAACAAGCAAGACACUCAUGCAGUUUUGGAGACUGAAAGAAAAGGUGAACCUGCAGCCACAGGAGUAGACAGGACGGGCAUGGAACCAGGCGGAAUAGGGCUGGUGAAAGAAGAAAGCCCCCUGGUAGAUGAGCAAGCCCAGAGCCCCCCUGAAGUCAAUGACCUUCCUGGCCAGGAGACCCAGGCUCCGGAGUUAGGCCACGUGUUUCAGAAUAAAGAUGCUGAUUUUCUGAAAAAAGACCAUCCCCAGGAGCACUGGAAGCCCUCGGGGCUCGUGGAGAAUCCUGGGGGAGGAGACCUCUCAAAAGAGGACCCCGAGGACGUAGGGAAGUUCCUGGACAUGGAAGGCCAGGGCUCUCUCCCUGAGCAGCCCGAAGAUGACCCGCUGCGCUGGAGUCCACAGACUCCUGCAGAGCCAGGGCCCGGUGGCCGCGCCGAGGACCUGCCUAUAAUAAGCAGCUUCUUUAAAGAACAGCAGUCUUUGCAGCGCUUCCAGAAGUACUUUGAUGUCCGGGAGCUGGAAGCCAUGCUCCAGGAAAUGUCAUCGAAGCUGAAGUCAGCCCAGCAGGAGAGCCUACCCUAUAACGUGGAGAAAGUCCUGGACAAGGUCUUCCGCGCCUCCGAGUCACAGAUUUUGAGUGAAGCCGAGAAAAUGCUCGAUGCUCGGGUGACCGAAAAUAGAGACCUGGGAGUAAAGGAAAACAACAUUUUCGAAGAGGCAGCCGUGCUGGAUGACAUUCAAGACCUGAUCUAUUUUGUCAGGUACAAGCACUCCGUGGCCGAGGAGACAGCCCCGCUGAUAACAGCACUGCCUUUCGAGGAAGGCUGGCAUGGACCUGCGGAAGAGAUGCAGCCGCCGCUUGAGGAUGACUUCCCACAAGAGAGCACAGGGGACCUUACUGUGCAGGUUCCCGAAGAGCCUGGCCACUUGGAUCAGCCCGUUACUGGGGACACACGUGUCUCGGAAGAGUCACAGGAACUGAUUACUGAGAAGGACUCAGACCCAGUUUUAGGGCUGAUUACGACAGAAGGCACUCCUGUGAAUGCUGUUGAUGCAAAGAAGCAACUGGAGGCAAAGGUGGAGGAGCCAGCACACGUUACGCCUUUGGAAAAUGCAGUUCUUUUAACCUAUUCAUUCGUGCUUUAUGUAACUAACACGUUAGUUGCUACACUGCCUGAUGAUGUUCAGCCGGGGCCUGAUUUUUACGGACUGCCAUGGAAACCUGUACUUAUCACUGCCUUCUUGGGAAUUGUUUCAUUUGCUGUUUUCUUCUGGAGAACUAUCCUUGUUGUAAAGAAUAGAGUAUAUCAAGUCACUGAACAGCAGAUUUCUGAGAAAGUGAAGAAUAUCAUGAAAGAAAAUGCAGAACUUGUACAAAAAUUGUCAGAUUAUGAAAAAAAGAUCAAAGAAUCAAAGAAACACGUUCAAGAAACCAAGAAACAAAAUAUGAUUCUUUCGGAUGAAGCAAUUAAAUUUAAGGAUAAAAUCAAGCGUCUUGAAGAAAGUAAUCAAAUUCUGGAUGACACUGCUAAAAAUCUUCGUGUUAUGUUAGAAUCUGAGAGAGAACAGAAUGUCAUGAAUCAGGACUUGAUAUUGAAAAACAAGAAAUCUAUAGAGACGUUAAAGGAUGUUAUUUCAGUGAAUGCCUCAGAAUUUUCAGAGGUUCAAAUUGCCCUUAAUGAAGCUAAACUUAGUGAAGAGAAAGUGAAGUCUGAAUGCCAUCGGGUUCAAGAAGAAAAUGCUAGGCUUAAAAAGAAAAAAGAACAGUUGCAGCAGGAAAUUGAAGAUUGGAGUAAAUCCCAUGCUGAGCUCAGUGAGCAAAUCAAAUCAUUUGAGAAGUCUCAGAAAGAUUUGGAAGUAGCUCUUACUCACAAAGAUGAUAAUAUUAAUGCUUUGACUAAUUGCAUUACACAGUUGAAUCGGUUAGAGUGUGAAUCUGAAUCUGACGGUCAGAGUAAAGGAGGAAGUGAGUCAGAUGAGUUAGCCAAUGGAAAACUGGGAGGUGACCAGAAUGAGAAGAUGAAGAAUCAAAUUAAGCAGAUGAUGGACGUCUCUCGGACACAAACUGCAAUAUCAGUAGUUGAAGAAGAUUUAAAACUUUUACAAUUUAAGCUAAGAGCCUCGAUGUCCACUAAAUGUAACCUGGAAGAACAAAUAAGGAAGCUAGAGGAUGACCGCAGUGCCCUGCAGUCUGCCAAAGCUGGGCUGGAAGAUGAGUGCAGAACGCUGAGGCAGAAAGUGGAGAUUCUGAAUGAACUCUAUCAGCAGAAGGAGAUGGCUCUGCAGAAGAAGCUGAGUCAAGAAGAGUAUGAGCGGGAAGAAAGAGAGCAGCGGCUGUCAGCUGCAGAUGAAAAGGCGGUUUUGGCUGCAGAAGAAGUAAAAACUUACAGGCGGAGAAUUGAGGAAAUGGAGGAAGAACUUCAGAAAACGGAGCGCUCAUUUAAAAACCAGAUUGCUACUCACGAGAAGAAAGCUCAUGAUAAUUGGCUCAAAGCUCGUGCUGCAGAAAGAGCUAUAGCUGAAGAGAAAAGGGAAGCUGCCAAUUUGAGACACAAAUUACUGGAAAUAACCCAGAAGAUGGCAAUGCUACAAGAAGAACCUGUGAUUGUAAAGCCCAUGCCAGGGAGACCAAAUACACAGAACCCUCCACGGAGAGGUCCCCUGAGCCAGAAUGGCUCCUUCGGCACAUCCCCUGUGAGCGGUGGCGAAUACUCCCCACCGCUGACUGCGGAGCCACCCGGGAGGCCUCUCUCGGCUACUCUCAAUCGAAGAGAUGCGCCUAGAAGUGAAUUUGGGUCAAUGGACGGGCCUCUCCCUCGUUCUCGGUGGCCAUCGGAGAUAUCUGGGAAACCUCCUGCCUCUGAUCCAGGAUCUGGUUCAGCACCCAUGUUGAACAGCAGCUCAAGAGGUUCUUCCCCUACCAAAGGGGUGGACGAGGGCAAGGAGCCUGGAGGCCCGUCAGUUCCCAGCAUUACCUCUGAGCAUCCAGUAGCAGUUAAUAUGGCUCCAAAAGGGCCUCCUCCUUUCCCAGGGGUGCCCUUCAUAGGCCCUCUGCCACCACCCGUUCGAUACGGACCACCUCCUCAGCUCGGCAGACAUUUCGGGCCUCGACCACUGCCUCCGUUUGGUCCUGGUAUGCGUCCACCAGUAGGCUUAAGAGAAUAUGCACCAGGCGUUCCACCUGGAAAGCAAGACCUGCUUUUUGAUCCACGGGAAUUUGUACCGGGACACACACCGUUUAGACCUCCAGGCCCUCUUGGUCCAAGAGAGUACUUCAUUCCUGGUACUCGGUUACCACCCCCACCUCCACCCCAGGAUUAUGCGCCAUCACCUGCUGCAAGAGACUUACUGCCUUCAGGCUCCAGAGAGGAGCCUCCACCUGCUUCUCAGAGCAGCAGCCAGGACUGUUCACAGGCUUUACAACAGAGCCCAUAACUGACCUCUGACAUUCAGUCAGAGAGAAGCGGACUGUGCACUCUUCGUUACAGUAAGGAUUUCAUUGGCUUCAAAAUCUAAAAGUUUGUUUUAAAAGGUUUAUAGAACUAUGCUGACUUGGCAGUAUGCAUUUUUGAGCCAAACAAUUAAAAAAUACCAUUUUCUCCCCUAGAAAAAUCACCUCUUAAGCUAGAACAUCCUUACAACUUUGAAAUGUGCAAUAAACAGUACCUGUGUUUUAGUUAAUGUAGUAUAUGUAAUUGCUAAAUGAUUUAGAAUGUCAUGAAAAAUAUGAACAUUUCCUGUGGAAAUGCUUUAAGAACGUGUAUUUCCAUCAUCCUAUUUUUAGUGUACACCAGUUAAAUACAGAGCAAUGGUGUUUGUAAGUUUGAUUUUUUAAAAAAAAAUAUGGUCACAAAGACUGUUACGCUAAAAAUGUUUACUAAAAGAUCACCAAACUUUUAUUUUCCCCUCUUGCUCAAGUUCUUUGUAGUAAUAGUUCAUAAAAACUUGUUUAUUAAUAUAUUCCAAGUGUCUGUUGACUCAUUGGAUUGUCAUGAAGACUUAUACCAUUUAGGAAACAUGUAAACCUGGGCUCCCACAGCUACAGUUGACAGUGUGGAAGCCCACACCCUAUUGCUCAGCCUCAGUCACCUAUAAACUCACAAGUCAUUCCUCCCUUUUAAGGCAAUGAAGUCACUGAUCCCACCUGUACAGCGUCUGUGUGCUUUCUUACACCUUCGUUGCCCACUGGAAAAUGAUUUUCUGAGUGUGGGUUUAUAUUAAUAGUGAAAGGUUUACUUGAUGUUCUCUUGUUUUUUUUACCAUUCUUGCUUUAAGGGUCCAUAACAGAAAAAAAUGGUGUGACAGUAAGAGUAAGGAAACUUGUUUUUAAAAAUGUACACAGUCUGUAUCUUUCCUGUGCCUUCAUAUUUUCAAGGAAUAUGAAAAGAAAUUUGUUACAAGAGUAUAACACCUGAGAAAGAAUGAUUUAGAACUGAACAGCUUAUAGAAUGCUCUAGGUCAGCAACUGGUGGCUGAACUCGUCUUUUUUGAUACAUACUAUUCCAAAGUUAAUAUUUGACCUUUAGUACUUUAAUUUAAAAACCAAUCAAAGAAUCUAGAAUUGCACCAUACUUAAAAGUGUUAUGCCCAUUACUACAUUGUGCCUUUAAAACAGUGUUUCUAAGAACAGAGAUUUUAAUGACUUUUUUUUUUUUUUUUUUUAAGAUUUGAAAGAGUGACAGAGACAGAGAUCCUUAUCUACUGGUUCACUCCCUACAUGGCCGAAAUGGAGGGGGCCGGGCUGGGCCAGGAGCUAGGCACUUCAUCUGGGUCUCCCACAUGGGUGUAGGGAGGGGCCCAAGGAUUUGGGCCAUCCUCUGUUGCUUUCCCAGGCACAUUACCAGGGAGCUGGAUUGGAAUAGGAGCAGCCAGACUCAAACUGGUACCCAAAUGGGAUGUAGACAUCACAGGUAAUGGCUUAACCUUUUAUGCCACAAUGCUGGCCCCUUGAUUUUAACUUUAAUGGCACAUUUUAAUAGGUUUAAAAUUUAGAUUAAAAUUACCAAAGGCUGAGACUUUUGUCUACUCGUAGACUGUGUUCUGCCACUCUCAGAAGUUCUAUUACGUAAUUGAAACCUGGAGCCUGACUUGUUACUGUUGUGACAUUUAACCCACUAAGAAUACUCUGUAAAAUGGAGCAAAACUUUCAUUGUGAAACAAAAUCAUCUCUUUAUCCUAAACUAUGGAAAACAGUAGUCUAAAAGAUGAGAACCUUUGAAAGAAGUAACACUUUCAAAGUUCAUAAAGAAGGGGCCAGCACUAUGGCACAGUGGGUGAAGCUGCUGUCUAGAACACUGGCAUCCCACAUUAGGUGCUGGUUCCAAUUCCAGAUGCUGCACUUCUUAUCCAGCUCCCUGCUAAUGUGCCUAGGAAAGCAAUGGAGAUGGCCCAAGUGCUUGGGCCCCUACACCCACAUGGGAGACCCAGAGGAAUGUCUUGGCUCCUGGCUUUGGAUGGGCCCAGCUUCAGUCAUUGCAGCCAUUUGGGAAGUGAACCAGUAGACGGAAGAUCUCUCUCUCUCUCUCUGGGUCUCCCUCUCUCUUUGUAACUCUACCUUUUAAAAAAUAAAUCUUUAAAAGAACAUCCAGCCCGCAUACUGUAUAAGGCGCACAAAAUCAUUUGGUCAAGUGGGACUUGAAAUUCAGUAAAUCUAUAACAGGCUAAUUUUUAAGUUGAUAAUUUUGCAUGGCCUGUGGAUUAUAUUAGAAAUACCCAGGUGGCUCUUUGCAGAAGAAAGGUCCCCCACCCCUGAUAAAUGAAGAUUAAGUCAAAAACACAACUUCUGAAUCUCUCUCUUAAUCUCUUUAAGGAUACACAAUAAUGCUGAUAAUGGAAUUUCUAGUUUUAAAUGGCCUUUAAGUAUAGAUUUUGCCAGCCAGAAAGAUAAUCCAGUUGGAAAGGUAAAUAAAAUCAGUUUUUUCAUUGAAAAUAAAGGUUUUUUCCAUCUCAUUUUGUUUAAAAAAAUCAGUAAGCUGUGAAGAGAUUCCAGUGUAGCCUGCCUGAGCAGUUCUGGGUCAGUCCACAGUUGCUGCCUUUCACCUCCAUCUGAUGGCACCAUAUCUCUGCCGCAAGGGUCAGAGCAGAGUGAGCUGCUAAUGUACGAGUGGCUUAGGGAAUACCAGUCCUCAGUUAAGUCAGACUUUGCCAUCUCCAAAAUUAUUACAACUGUUUCAGAAGUCAUUUCUAGCUAAUUGUGUUGCUGGGUUUAGUUGCUAAAAGUGUCUCAUUUAUGAAGCAGCGGUAUUUCAAUGUAAAAGAUUUCUGUUGUAGUUGUGGUUACAGUUAACAAUGGCUGAAUAUUCUUCCUCACUGGAAAGCAUACAAAUAAUUUGUGGGAUGUGGAGCACUCUGUCAACUGCUCCAAGAUAAUCACUCUUUUUGUCAUUUCAUUCAGGUCUGAAUUAAAGCUAAACUAAUCACA